AUGAAUCCAUCGUCCUCAGAGUCUGCUAGUGAUGACAAAGUACCAACGAUCUUGAUCGUGUCAUGGACCUUGACAGUUCUAAUGAUAGUCGUGGUGACGGACCGCAUCUACAUCCGAGCAGGCUUGCUGCACCAUCUUGGGGUAGACGACUGGCUGAUUGUAUUUUCGCUGCUUAUGGGACUCGUAUGCUGCAUCUUCACGACCAUCAACGUCAGACUCAGCUUCGGAAAGCACGCGUGGUUGUUGAGUGCCGCCAUACUAGCGGUGACCGCGAUGCUGAAUCGGAUCCUGAAUGCCAGCCACAUUCAACCGAUCAUAUCUGGAGUAUGCAUCAUCAUUCUGUUCACCAUGGGCGACCUACCUCGGGCUCUGUGGCAGACCAGCCUUGUCGCGGAGGGCAAAGCUACCUGCAAGAAUUUGUGGAUGUUGAUUGACUACGCCAUCUUUACUGGAGCUCUAUCCGGAUUUGUCGAUCUAGUCCUCGUGAACUAUUCCAGCACCGUGCUGAUGAAGUCUCAUAUGUCGCUGCGCAAACGCCUGACGCUAUGCGCAGCGUUAGGCCUCGGCUCGGGGUAUGUUCGGCAUUCGUUCGCUAGACAGGGCAUCGAGUCCAGCGUCGGGAUCAUCGCUCCUUGUAUACCCACGCUUCAGCCACUGCUUGAUCUAAUGCUUGGCAACCGCACUGCGAGCUCAUACAACAGCAGUCGCAAGGGGUCCAAUUUGCCGGAGUAUUCCCAUGGGAGCCAUAGCAAGAGCUUAAAAUUAAGGAAGAUGGAUUUUGCUGUUGCAACCGCCGAAAGCCAGAAGAAUAUCCUCUCUCAUGCAAAGGGGAGAGGGGGGUCAUAUGCUGGUGAUCAUUCGGCGGACGGAUGCCGUGACCGUUGA